CUGUUCGAUAUUUUUUUAAUGUUAUGCAAACAAAAAACCGUGUUGUCUUCUUCUUCUUCUUCUUCUUUUAUUUUAAACGCAGAAGCCGGCAUUUGUGUUCCCGUGUCUUCCCUGCUUUCUCAGUUUUUUCUAUGUGACUCAGUUUCCAUAGUCCGUGUUUUCUAUCAUUGCUUAUUACCCUUUUGCAGAUUUACUUUAUCAAUGUCAUAAAACUUUUACAUGUUUCAUCUUUUUUUUGCAGUACUAGAUUGCAUUGUUUUCUUUCUCGUUUUCCGGGAAAGUGAUCACAUAGUAGGUGAAUACCAGAGCUCACACCACUCUUCAGGCAAUGAAGCCACCUUUAAAUGAUGACAAAGAAUUAUUCUUAUGGAUCAUGCAAUUGCUUUCUGUAUGAAGAAGAGGUGUAAGCUUUUUAUCCAAAACUGAAACUGGGUUCUUUCACUUCUCAUGAGAAAAACCAGGACAAGAUGGAAACUCGAGGGAGCAAGGCAAUGGUGGCUGCAGAGAAAACCGUGAAAAAUGGGCGUCGAUCCAAUAGAGAAAGGAAAAUAGCCUUGACACAAGAUGUUGAUAAGUUGAAGAGGAAGCUCAGACAUGAAGAGAAUGUUCACAGAGCGUUAGAAAGAGCAUUGACAAGACCUUUGGGAUCCCUUCCUCGUCUUCCUCCUUAUCUUCCUCCUCAUACAUUAGAGCUUGUGGCUGAAGUGGCAGUAUUGGAGGAGGAGGUGGUUAGACUAGAAGAGAAGGUUGUGAAUUUCAGACAAGGUCUAUAUCAGGAAGCUGUCUACAUUUCCUCUAAGAGGAAUGCAGAAAAUUUGAGGGACUCAAUGGACCAGAACUCCAUCAGGAGCUCCAAACAUCAAAGAUCAAAGUCUCUGUCCCAAAGUGAGCUCAAUUCAACUACCAUGGCUAGGCCUCAAAUUUCUCUUGCUAGAAGUGCUUCCAGUAGAAGGCUGUUCUCUGACAUUUUCACUGAUCACUCUGGCAAGCUAGUGAACGGGAAACUAUUGCACAUAAAUCAAGAUUCACUAUCAUCAAUCCCAGAAGAGGGACGGCGAAAAGAGAAUCCACUGUUUUAUAGCUCUCUGAAGGAUAAGCAAUCUCCAGAGAAGAAAACGGCCAAAGUCAUUGCUCCAGUGAAGAAGUCUCCAAUCAAAAAAGAAUCAGCUGAUAAGUGUGUAGAUCACUUGAAGUUACAGAUGGAGGGGAGAUUAGUAGAUCAAGAAACAGCUGAGAGUUCUUCAAGUUCAUUACAUGAUAAGGUGUCAGAAGUUGAUAGCACACCCAACAGAAUUUCGGAGGAUAUUGUCAAGUGCUUGUGUAGAAUAUUUGUGAGAGUAGGCACAUUCAAGGAAAAAUUAGGGGAAUCAAAAACACCUCUCAGUUCUACAUCUGUAUGCAGCAAGGAAAAGGAUCAGUUGUGUGAUCCAUAUGGUAUCUGUUCAGAAUCUAAAAUGAGGGAUAUUGGUACAUACAAUAGUUUGUGUGAGAUCAAAGCCUCCAAUGUUGACCUCAAUCGAACAAGAUAUGUAGUUUUUCUGAUCCGUAGGUUAAAGUUUCUACUUGGGAAACUUGCCUCCGUGAGCAUGAAGGAUCUUACUCAUCAGGAGAAACUUGCAUUUUGGAUAAACACUUACAAUUCCUGCAUGCUUAAUGCAUAUUUAGAGCUUGGCAUACCCGAGAGUCCUGAAAUGAUUGUAGCACUAAUGCAGAAGGCAACAAUAGAAGUGGGGGGGCAGCUGCUCAAUGCAAUUACAAUAGAGCACUUCAUCUUGAGACUUCCUUAUCACCUGAUGUUUACCUGCCCAAAAGCUGCAAAACACGGCGAGAUGAAAUUGCGAAGCAUAUUUGGCUUGGAAUGGUCAGAGCCCUUGGUUACAUUUGCACUUUCCUGUGGAAGCUGGUCUUCACCUGCGGUUAGGAUAUACACAGCAUCACAAGUUGACAAUGAGUUGGAAGCAGCAAAGAGGGAUUAUUUACAGGCAACAGUUGGCAUUACAAAAACAAACAAGUUAAUAAUUCCAAAGUUACUAGAUUGGUAUUUACUUGACUUUGCAAAGGACUUGGAAACUUUGUUGGAUUGGGUUUGCCUCCAACUACCCAUUGAACUGAGAAAGGAAGCAAUUGAAUGCCUUGAAAGAAGGGAAAGACAGCCCCUUUCACAGCUGGUACAAAUGAUGCCCUAUGACUUCAGUUUUAGGUUGCUUUUACACCAAUAAACUUAGAGAGUGGUACUGUUCACCACUAACAUUUCAGUCAGCACAGAUUUCUGAAUUUUGAUGUGGUGGAUUUUUGUAUAUGGGAUAGUUCACACAUAAAGUAUAUUAUCAAAAUAAUGUGAUGCAUUCAUUUGGUAAAGGGUUUUGGCCUUUUUGGACACUGUAAUUGGGUACGUAGAAAGGCUUUUGUAGAAAAUAAUACAUACAUAGAAAUGGCGGUUUCUUAUAAGCAAACUCGUUUAUUCUCCGAAUCAACAUUUGUGUUUCUAUGUUCACAAA